CUCGACUGUCCCUUGCAGCGCAGUUGACUCUUAAAUGCCCAGCGCCUCAAUGCGAUGAGUCAACAUCAGCAGUCUCAUGAGCUAUUUGAGACGUGCUUUCUGCACUUCCGCUUCCAAGUAUUGCAAACCACUCAAAAUGUCGCAGCCGCCCUGGUCGCAGCCCACCGGCUCGACGCAUCAGCCGCAGUUGAAAAUCUACAACUCCUUGACUCGUUCCAAAGUCCCAUUCGUCCCUCUUCAGCCUGAGCACAUUACCUGGUAUGCCUGCGGUCCUACAGUAUACGACGACGCCCAUCUCGGCCACGCUCGCAACUAUGUCACGACCGAUAUCAUCAGACGCAUUCUGCGAGACUAUUUCCACUUCAAAGUUCGAUUCGUUAUGAACAUUACCGACGUUGAUGACAAGAUCAUAUUGAGAGGGAGGCAGAGACACCUCUAUGAAGAAUACAAAAAGAACCACAGAUACAUUGACGAAAGAGUCCGGCAAGACGUGCGGCAAGCAUGGCACUACUACAUCCAAAAGAACCUGAAGCGAAUAGGGCCGAAAACUCUGCUGACACCGGAGACGUUCGAUGGCGUCGUUGGACACUUUUAUGGAGAUGUACUCGCUGGUGGGAGUCUGGAGCCGGGCACAAAACCGGGAGACAAGGAAGCAAAAGUCAAGAUGCACAUCAAUACGGCCCGUUCCACAGCCAAAGCCUUGCUGCAAGAUCCGAAGAUGCUGACACCGCAUGAAUUCUACAACCGCGUCAACGAUCCCAUGUGCCUAGUACUCGACGAUCAAUUCGGUAAAAGUAUACAAGGAGACGACUAUGCUGUUUUUACAAAGUUGACAAAGGAAUACGAGAACCGGUUUUUCCAAGAUAUGCACGAUCUCAAUGUGUUAGACCCCGACGACCUGGUUCGAGUGACUGAAAACGGCAAGGAAAUUGCGGAGUUCGUCAAGAAAAUUGCGGACAACAACAUGGCAUAUCGGACGUCAGAUGGUUCCGUAUACUUUGACAUCAAGGCUUUCGAGGCUGCUGGCUAUCCUUAUGCGAGGCUAGAACCCUGGAACAGGAAUGACAAAGAAUUACAAGCGGACGGGGAGGGGGCUCUCUCGCAGAAAGACGAAAGAGUAAAGCGAUCCGAGGCAGACUUCGCCUUGUGGAAGGCCUCGAAACCUGGCGAGCCGAGCUGGGACAGCCAAUGGGGUCCCGGACGGCCUGGGUGGCACAUUGAAUGCUCGGCAAUGGCCUCUGGGAAGUUGGGACGUCAAAUGGAUAUCCAUUCUGGAGGCAUCGACCUGGCAUUCCCCCACCACGACAAUGAAUUGGCACAGAGUGAAGCAUUCUGGGCCGACGGUAGCCAUCGUCAAUGGGUGAAUUACUUCCUUCACAUGGGCCACCUGUCGAUCCAAGGCUCAAAAAUGUCCAAGUCGCUAAAGAAUUUCACCACCAUUCGAGAAGCUAUUCAUGUCCGGAAAGAAUGGACAGCAAGAAGUCUUCGCAUUAUCUUCUUGCUGGGGACCUGGAGAGAUGGUAUAGAAAUCACCGACGAUAUGGUUGUGGAAGGUCGGAACUGGGAGGACAGGGUGGACAAUUUUUUCCUUAACGCCGUUGAAAACAUCAAAACUGCAAAGGCCACCAAUGACCACGGGUCGAUCAUGUCGAGCGCCCUAGCGGAUGCAGAAGAAAAAGUCCGUGAUGCCCUUCUCGAUUCCUUCAACACUCCACUUGCCAUGAGCACAAUUUCAGCUCUCAUCAACGCCUACAACAGCGCCAAAAAAUCCGAUCUGACCGCAGAUGACCACCGAAAUACUGGGCGUUUCGUCACCAGGUUGGUAAAUAUCUUCGGUCUGAACGGUAGCGAGCCUGCGGACACAGAAACAAUAGGCUGGAAAGGUAUUGAUAUCCCCGAGGCUGCGAAGGAGUAUGUCUACACGCUGGCCACGAUGCGGGAUGAGCUCCGGCAAGCAGCAAUAGCUAAGUCCAUCACCCCAGAAAAGGUCCAGCAGAUUGUCUCGACAUCGCCCGGUCUGGAAGAGCCGCCUCCUAGCGGGAGACCGAGGCCCUCAUAUGCACGUGCGUUGAGUCAGUUCAGCAAGAAUGCUCUUGAAGUGACAGCUCCUGCCGAAAGUGGUGAUUUGAACAAACAGAUCCUAGCUCUCUGCGAUCGAGUCCGAGACGUCGAUCUUUGGCAACUGGACAUCUAUCUCGAGGACCGCGAGAAUGCCCCAGCACUGGUGCGGCCGGUCACUGAAGGACUCAGGGCUGUCCGGCGCGAGAGGGAAGAAAAGGCCCUUGCGAAGGAAGAGGCCAAGAAGAAGCGAGAACAGGAAGCACUGGAGAAGUUGCAGAAAGGGAAAAUCAGUCCGACCGAGAUGUUCAAGCCUCCGCAUUCGAACGAAUAUUCAGCCUGGGACCAGGAUGGCGUGCCGACGGUGGCGAAGGAAAGUGGUGCAUUGUCUGCCAAUCGGAUCAAGAAGCUGAAGAAGGAGUGGGAUGCUCAGAGGAAGGCACAUGAGAAGUACCUGGCUGUGACGCAGAAUGGGUCGGCAAGUCAGUCGUAGGAUCGCUCGCGACCCCCAGCUUCUUCUAGGACUGUAUUAGAUACCCCCAAUCCAAUUCGAAAAGUCCUGCAUGCUGAUGAUUUGUUGGUACGCCCCCCCGAAAAGCUACAUUACAGGUAGCAUACAUCCGAAACAGUCGCAGCG